AUGUUUCAAGCACCAAAAACACCAGUGAAGAGGUAAAAAUUUAGACAAACUAGAAAAAAAUUACAAUUGAUUUUUCAAGAAAAUUGGACGAUGAUUUCGAUUUUGAUAGUCCACGAGAAGAAGCAAGCAGUUCGAAUGGAAUUUCCGUGAGUUUUUAAAAUCGAAAUUGAAAACUCAAAAAAAAAGAUUAAGUGGGAAUACGAAGGCGUGGAUUUGGAUGCGAAAAUCGCCAAACUUCGCGAUCAACUGGUUCGGGAAAAUGUGAAGGAUUUGCCGAAAGCCGUGCCGGAUCCAAGAUCACCGCUUCGAACCGAAUAUCGAAAAAUGCAAAAUUCUAUAGCAAUUGCAACCGAGGCCGCCAAAUAUAUGAAGAAGAAAAUUGAUUGGAGUAAGUUUUUCAAAUUUUAAAUUGAACUAUGACGUGGAAAUUGGAAAAUCGUUUUCCAAAGGGUUUCCACGUCAUAACUAUGUUUAGCACAAAUAUUGUGACGUGGCAAAAUGCUGCCACUUUUGAAAAUUCCCACAGAUUGUUCUGUUUUUGCUCAUAAGUGUUCAAAUUUGCCACGACACCGCUGAAAAUACGAUUUUUCAAAAUGCCACGUCAUAACUCACUUCUAAUGUCAAUAUUUUUGCAGUGGAAUACGCAUUGGCCAUGUCAACCAACGACGAAACUCAAUUGGACGAAAAACGCCGGAAUCUAGCGGAACAUAUGAAAAAUUUGCGAAAAGAUCUCGAUAAAAUGAAGUUUGUCUUGUUAUUUCUUUUCGAAAUUGAAAUUGAAUUUAAAAUAAUAAUUUUUCAGCGCAAAUAUUUCAACAAACACUCAAAAAGCGGUGAAAACAGUCGUCGAAUUGUAUGAGGAUGAUUAUGAGAAUUGUGGUGAAAGUGAGGAGGAUAAUCGGGAGAGUUAUGAUAAAUUCACCAAGAUUUCCAAGUUAUGUGUGAGUUUUUCGAAGUUCCAAAGAAAUUGGGUGAAUUUUUGAACCAAAAGACUUCAUUUUUUCCAGAAAAUCGCUCUGGAUUCUUUCCAAACCGUGCUGAAACGAAUUGAAGAACUCGAAAAAGAGGUGGUAAAAUUGCGUCGAAACCUAAAAGCGAUUCAAAGUGUUUGCAAAUCCACCGAAACGCAUCCAAUCAAAUACAACAAAUGCAUUGCUCAUCUUACCGAAAAUCUCAAUUUAUCGCAACUUCAAUCAAUUCUCCAAUCAAUUAAAAAAUAA